AUGGAAGACUAUCUCCCAAUAAGAAAACGUAAUCGUCCAAGUCUCGUAUGCGAACCUUGUAAGAGACGAAAAGUCAAAUGUGAUAAGGGAAGACCUUGUGGUUCUUGUACUAAAAAUAAUUUCCCUCAUAAAUGUUCGUACGGGCCAACUUUUAUUGGAGAGAAGAAGAAGGGAAGCUCAAAGGUUUCCAAGACAGAUAAAGUUGCAGCUUCAAGUAUAAAAAGUACUCCGACCAAAGAUGGUAUGACUAAUGUAAAACCUGUAACCCCUAUGAGCUAUCCUGGUUCUGUAGACAAGAAUGGAGUGACAGGUAGCGCUACAAAUAAAGAUCCAAUGGUGUUGGUUAGUGUUGCAGAAUUGAAUGCACUUAAGGAGAGACUUCACAAACUUGAACAAGGUCUACAGAAAGAGACUUCAAAAUCUACAGGUGAAUUUGCUAAUCUUUCUAAAACACCUGAAGAUCCUGAGUCCAAUGAUUUAUUUGAGGUCACGUAUAGGCAAAUGAAUAUAAAUGUAGAUAAGAAUUCAAGAACUCUCGUUUUGAAUCAGUAUGUGUUUGAUCCGAAACUUCGUGAAGCUAUUCCUGAGCAGUUGCAGGCAGUCUGUAGGUUUAUUCAAGGUAUACAACCUCCCAUUUCCCCAGAAUCUGUGGAUAUUGCAUCGCCUUCAUUCUCAUAUAAAUCUUCAACUGAAAUGACGCAGGAUUCCACUAGCACGUCACCUACCACAUUGCAACCUUCAGACUUAGGAGAAGACGAGUUGGUCUCGCCUGCGUACAUAAUGGGAGUUAAUCCUUAUUCAUCCAAUGAUGAUUACAUCAAUUUUUAUGAUAAUUACACCUCAGUUUUCCUUAGUGAGCCUUCUAGAAGAACAAACUAUGGACCAUUUUCUUGGGCUGCUAUCCUGAGGAAAGAUAAGCUUUUGGCUACGCUAAAGAAGUUUAUGCAGAAGCAGCAGAAGCAGGGAAAGGAAGGAAAUGUCAAGCUGAAAGACUUACCUGAUGAAAUUGAAAACAACGAAAAUAGAGCAAAAUUCCAAAAGAAAGAAUUGGAAAGUGAUGGGGUGGUUGAUUUGAUGCCGUACGAAGAAAAUGCAAGAAUAAAAAGUGUCUCAGAAACGUUGCUCACAACAAAGUCAGACUUUACCUUACCCGAUGGGCAUGUUCCGUAUGACACAUCGUCUUCUUCAAGCUCAUUUAGUGCAUAUUCCUCUUUCUCUAACAACAAGAAGAGAAAAGGGCCCUCUCUAGUGCGUAAACCUCAAUUGAAGGUGUCAGAUACAACGAUACUCCUGGGAAUCCAUGAUGGUCUGCUUGACAACGAACUUAAGCUUAUAUCAAAGAUCGAAUCUAUAUUACCAAAGCAGCGUGUUUUGUGGUUGUUGAUUCAUCGUUUUUUUUCAUUUAUAUAUCCAUAUUUGCCUUACAUUGAUGAAAGAGACUUUCGUGGUGAAAUGAAUAGGAUAUUGGGUCCAGAAGAUUACAAGGAUCGGAAAAUUCUCCAAUUGAAUAUCAGCAAGAGGCUAGAUUUUGCUUACUUAGGGAUGCUUUUGGUUUUCCUUCGCUUUUCAUAUCUUUCAAUUGAGUCUAAGCAUUCAAAAUUCAGAGUGGAGCCUUCCUUAUCUCAAAACUGUGAAUACUUACUUGCAAAUCCUAUUGAUACUAAUGUUAUUGAUGUUGCAAAGUCAUGUAUUAAUCAAUUUCAAAUCAUGAGGAAGUUCAAUUUUACGGUAUUCCAGGCUACUUUCUAUCUCAGAUUGUACCAUAUUUAUGCCCCAGAAGAAGGUGAUGGAGCAGAUGGAGGAGACUCCUUGGUAUUUAACGGAUUGUUGGUACAAAUGGCAUAUUCCAUAGGGAUUCAUAGGGAGCCAGGAAAUUUUAAUGAUGACACAUUGAAAGAUGAAAGAGUAAACCUGCUUGGAAGGAAAAUUUGGCAUCACAUUUUGGUGCAUGAUUUUGUUGAUUCCUAUACAUUUGGUACUCCUAUGGCUACAAGUGAAAAGUUUUAUGAUUCUAAAGUGCCUUUUAUAAUGCCAGGUGUUAAUGAGAAUGUAAUAGAUUUGGAAUUGGAAAAAGCUUCAAUUGAUUUUAAUGCCAAUUGUGGUCCAUUGUUGAGAGGUCCGAUGCAGUAUAUCCUUAAACUAGCACUUGAUGUUAAGAAAAAGGUGAAAAUGUCAGAGCUUACUAAACAUGUAAAUUUUAUGGAAAUAUGUACUUUCAAUGCUUUUGGGAGAACGGGAGACUAUAUAACAUAUUUGGAAGAUAAAGAUAUGGGAUUCAGGUUUGCAAAAGCCAACAGGCUUAAAAUUUCUCUUUCAUUAAAGAGUUUCUACCUUUCUUUAUUUUAUCACUUCUUCUUACAUUAUGAAGAAAAGAAUCAUCUGGUAUUGAUGUUCUUCUAUUUGAAGAAGAUGUUGACAAUUUCGAUUUGUGAGAUUAUUCCAUACUUAUUUCCUAUUAUAUAUGGUAUUUAUGAUUUUUUUGAAGAUGGGGUUGAUAUCUUUAUUAAUCCAAUAUUCCUUCAAAUGCUUCAUAGAACUAGCGAAGUGAAUAUUGCAGCUAUUGUUAGAACAAAUUUUGUUAUUUAUGCUAUGAAAACAGAACCAAACCACCAACUGAAGUUGAGAUCAAGUGAAGAGUACAGGAAUUUCUUUGAGAGCUACUGUCUUUUAGAAGAAUACAUGGAAAAAUGUGCAAGAGUGUGCAUAGCUGCAUUGACUGUGCUCAGUGACAGGUAUUAUUAUGCAUGGGGGGCUGCAAGAAGUCAAACGUUUAUAUAUAAGAUUGUCACUAAUGAAGAAUUCUAUGUCGAAGCAGACAGACGUAAUCCAUCUAGAUUGACGUUGGCUCAAACUGAAGAAUUAAUACUGAUGUAUGGCCCUCCGUUAGAAUUGGCUGAGAAGAUUGUAAAAGAACACUGCAACGAUGAGAAAAUCGAAAACGUUUUCAGGAAAAAGGCACAUGAAGUACGUAAGGAUACUCAAAAGACUGGUGAACAAGCUGCAAGUUUAUUAGCAUCAAAUACGAUUCCGCCAGCAUUAACAGCACAUAAUAAACUGUUUAACUUAAACAAACACUGGGAAAAUCCCACACACGUUGCUUACUCUCCUGUGCCGGAGACUCCUUCUUUCAUACGUUCUUAUUCGAACGUCAUUGCUAGUGAGUUUGAAGACUUAUAUUUUAGUAAUAGUGCAGAAAUUGACUCGGUUUGGUUGCAAAUGCUUACUUCAAAGACCGACAACAAUGUCGUUACUAGGGAAAGUUCUACCAUGACUGAUACUACCAAAUACGAUUUGGCGCUUCAUGCUAACAGCAAUGCAAGCACAAAUAAUAAUAGUAACGAUAGCAAUAGCAAUAGUAGCAGUUUCAACUAUAGCCAGGAACCUAUUAAAAUAGGUGGGCAGCAAAAUGGCGCUGGAAAUAGUAUACCUAGUUUCAGCAAUCACAAUCACACGUUCAACAUUCACAAUUCAUUAACUGACCCCAAGGCUAACUUGAAUAUUGAAGACUCAACACAUUUCAAUUUUUUUAGUGAUUUACCUUUGGAUAAGGUAUUCCAGACAAAUAAUAUAUAG